GCCGAGCAAGUCUUACUUACAAUCCGGAGGAAGAUCAUCCGUCGCCAAGUCCAAGGUUGCUCAUGCAGACAUCGCAGGUGUACUGCGUGGAGCGAGUCUUCGAAGACUUGAAGAAGCCAUUUGUGGUCAAGGAUGUCAUCCGCCAGUUGAUCCAUUUGGAUUCGGUCGUCACGGAUGUGUUUUCGCGCAUUGGCAACAAGGUCCAAGCGGAAAAAGAUCGUGUCGAGGCUAUCGACAAGAGGAUCGCCGACUGCCAAAACAAGGUCACUGCCAUCAUCGAGCGCGGCAUCUCGAAUAGGCCCACCACUGUGUUUUCCACUGCCAAGUAUCCCGCUCCUCAAGUCUUACCAGCAAUGAAAAGUCUCUACUGUGAUAAACCGUACGAAGAGAAUCCGCCGCUCGCGGUGUCCGACUCGGCCGUCCAUUUCCUGCCAGCAGAAGCGCCGACGCCUGGCCAGCGAGCUCAGCUCAUGGCCGAAGUCCUCGACCUCUUCGAACGCGUCAACCCUGCUGUCGAGACGUGCCGCGCAGAAAUAAACAUGGCCAAGGAGGGCCUGGGGCCACUGCCAGACAACGUGCCAUCCAUUGGAAGCGUGCUGCUCUUCAAUUCUGGCGAAAAUCCAUACCAACAGUACACGUCGUGGGACAACUUGCUUGGCGUGGAAGUGGCGGAAGAAGAGGAGAAAAAGAAAGUGCUUGCGGCGGCGCCCGAUUCCGUCAUGAACGGCGGGGACGGCUUCGAUGGCACGAUCGACAAGGGCCUGUUCAAACCGUCAUUUGUCAUGUACGACAAGGGCCAAUUCCCCGACGUUUUGCCAGGGCUCAAGGGUGUCGCGGUCGAGUACAAGUAUGAAAACCAGGGAACGACGUCGAUUGCGCCGUCGAUGUUUCAAGACUCGGGACUGCCGGACCUUCCGCAAAUCGCCGAGUUUGCCGCUGGCCCGACGGCAUUGCAGCCCCACACGGGGGGCAUCGUGUUGGGUCCAACUGAUGUCGCGCCGCCCCCGCCGCCACCACCUCCGCCGUCCUUCGACGGCAUGGUCCCGCCACCACCGCCGCCGCCGCCAACCCUCGAUGAUGCAGGACGACCUCUACCUCCGCCGCCCCCACCGCCGAUGGCCGAUCCAAACCAGCCUCCCCCCCCACCCCCUCCCGCACCGGCCGGCGGCGAUCCGGUCGAUGGUCCGCCGCCGCCGCCUGAGCCAGCCAACCCCCGUGCCAGUUUGUUGGACGCGAUUCGAAAUGCUGGGAUGAGCAAAUUACGCAAGGUUGCCGAUGGACGAGACGUGAAAAAGGCAGCAGUGCAUGAGGAGGAGAAGCCUCCGUUGACGCUUGCAGAUGAAAUCGCCGAGCGCAUGCGUCGUCGCCAAAAUGCCCUGAGUGGCAAGCAAGAUCGAAUGGAACAGGACCGGGAUCGAAAACAGUUUGUAAAACCCGUCGUUGUCCUCAAGGCGGUGGACGUCGCGCCUCCGCCAGACACGCCGCGCAGCUUUCAACCCCCGCCACCGCCUCUGGCAGACUACCCAGGUGACAACAAGGCGCUGCCCACGGUGGACAUAUCUGACGACGGGAGCAACGACGGGUCCGAUGGAGCGGCGUCCAACUAUGGCGACGAGAACGAUGUGUUGACGCAGAUCAAGAAUUUGAAAAACAAACAAAAGGCACCGACGACCGACUCGCCGAAAACGACAGCUCCUUCCCCUCCAGCAGCAUCCUCUGACCCGGUGGCCCAAGGUUUUGAACAGCGCAUGCGCGGCCUCGACGUGGUCACCAACCGCGGCCGGUCCGAUUCACUCGGGAUGUCGGAACCGUCCGAUUGGUCUGACGAAGAUUAGCGACAUGAAUCAGUACGACUUGCGCAGCUUGGCGGGGGAAUUGCCGCCGCUCCCGACCGCCGACGUCGCGCGACGCGGGCUGUCGCUCCGCGCCAAGUCUUGGCCGGGCUCGAGCUGCACGACGUAGGUUUGGAUGUUGGGCUUGAUGUCACAGUGGUAAUGGCAUUGUAUCCCAAGUUCGUCGAGUUCCGCCUUCACGGCGGCCGUCACGACCACCUUCCCCG